AUGGAAACCUGUAUAAAAGAUAUCCGUGACUGGAUGCUUGCUGAUCGGCUAAUGUUGAACGACGACAAGACGGAAUUCCUCAUCAUAGAUUUAUGUUCAGCUGAGAGUGGGAACCACGAACAAGAGCCGCAAAGCGUCUGGGCUCAUCUGAGCCUGUCGCUUACAAUUUCUAAUGAUAUAAAACUUCAUUCAGGAAACGAGUUCUUCUUUAUUAAUAGUUCUCAACAUACUUCGAAGGCCAAGGACAUCAACGAGAAUAAGAAGCUGCUGUUCAAUGUUCUGAAAGAUCCUGUUGAAGACCAAGUCAUCAAUCCAGAGGUGCUCUUCACGGCUCUUCUAGUGGAACACAACUUGCCAGUUGUUGUUGCCCAGCAUGCUACAAAAAUCUUCCCCAUGAUCUUUCCCGAUUCCAAGAUAGCCAAGUAUAAGUGCUCGUACACAAAGACAGCUACCAUCGUUGAAUAUGCACUAGAGCCAGAGUCAACUAAGUCGAUGCUAUCCCACAUCAAGGUCCAGAAUAAGCCAUAUACCAUCAUGAUCGACGAGUCCAAUGACAUCUUUUGCGACAAAGAGUGUGCUAUUCUUGUGCGGUACUUUGAUGAGCUUCAGGAGAAGACAGUGGUUGCAUUCCUUGACAUCCCUGUGUGUAAUAUUGGUACCGCAGCGAAUAUCUUCAAGUGUGUUGACUUGGCCCUUGUCAAACAUGGUUUGAGCUGGGAUAAUGUAGCAGGGUUCUCACCUGACAACUGCAAUGUUAUCACUGGGGUGAAGGAGAAGAUCCCUGAAGUCUACAACGUUGGAUGUCCUAGUCAUCUGGUUAACAUCUGUUGUAAGGCUGCAUACAAAGAACUAGACUCAUGCGUAGAGACUUUGAUUAUCGACAUUUACUUCUACCUUGAUAAGUCGUCAAAGAGAAGAGAAGAUCUUAAAGAGUUCCAGGAGUUUGUUGGAGUAGCGGAACAGAGCGUAAAGAAGCACUGCCCAACCCGAUGGCUAUCACUUGGAAAGGCCCUCAAGUACCUUCUUACCCAGUUCGACGCCUUGAAGUCCUACUUCUCAUCAAAGAGUAAAAACCAUAAAAGCCGUUCCAUCGCAGCAAGGCUGAACAACCCUAUGACUCGAGUUUACAUUACAUUCCUUACAACUGUCAUUCCACACUACGACAAGUUUAACCUGAUAUUCCAACAGAAUGCAUCCGUGUUGUAUCAACUCAAGGACGCUGUUGAAUCUCUCCUGCGAAGCCUCGCCAUGAAGCUUGUUAAGCCAGAACACAUCAGAGAUCUAACCUCCAUGAAAGACCUAAAGAUAGAUGAUAUUGGGCUGCAAUUUGACAAUGUCAACCUGCGAAUUGGUCAAGAAGCUAAACGUUUCCGCGCGACCCUUCGAACUUCCGAUCCGCCCGCAUCAGCGUAA